UGGGUUGAUAUUAUUUAGGAAUUAUUUAUAAAUUAAACAAACAAAGGAAAAGGUGGUUAUUGUAAUAAAGUUAACGAGUUUUUGGCGUGAGUACAAAAUGAAAUUAACUCCGUUUAAUUAAAACGUUUUCAAUAAGCAUAGUGGAUGAGAAAUAUCAUGAGAAAGUCCAAUUACAUUUCUUUGAAUAGGAAUUAUAAUCGAUAAAGGGUAUAAAAGGUUCAACUUUUUAAUUAAGUUUUAGUUCCAUUACAGUUUCAGAACUGAAAACGAAAUACGUUAAAAAAAUGUAUGGGAUGCUUUUAGAAAGUAUCCAACAUUUCAUACAAUUAGAAUAUGGGGAAGAGAUGUGGUUUAAAGUGGUUGAAAUGGCUGGGUGUAAACACUCCGUUUUUAACACACACCAAGUUUAUCCAGACUCUGUAAUGGAAAAGUUAGCGUUAAGUUGUGCAAAAGUAACUAGCGCCACCAGCGAUAAUUUUAUGAAUUUUUUCGGCCGCUGUUUCGUCCGGUACUUUUCUAAUUUAGGUUACGAUAUCACCAUAAGAAGUACUGGGCGCUAUUUCACCGAUUUUUUGCAAAGUGUCGAUAAUAUUCAUUCGCAAUUCUGUUUUACUUACCCUAAAAUGAAAAGCCCUUCGAUUUACGUCACUGAUAUCGAUAAUGAUGGUUGCGUUUUGGUUUAUCGAAGUGGCAGGCAAGGAUUUACGCAUUACGUUAUGGGUAAUUACAGAAAACUCGUUAUGGAACGGAUUAGUUCAGCAAAUGGGUCUAGAAAUAUGAUCGUCGUUAAAUAUCGAUUAGAUUUCGACAAUUCCGAAUACAUGUUGGAUAAAUUCCGGAAGGAAGAACAUUUAGAAACAACUCAAUUAUCGACAUUUCCAGCUUACAUUCUUUUAGAAUUAUUCCCUUUUGCGAUCUUAAUUAAUAAAGAAAUGAAAAUUAUGGCCGCGGGAGAGAAAAUAACGGAAGUAUGGAACGGGAAACAAAACAUUUUGGGGUUAUCAGUUUCAAAAUAUUUUCGUUUACGACGCCCUAAAGGAGUUCCAUUUACAUUUCAAAACACUCUUUACCUUCGAAAAGUAAUGUAUGAAAUCGAAUUCAUUCGAAACCCGCAAGUUUUAGAAGAAGAAGAGUUCAAAAAUAGUUUUGACGAACAAAAAGAAUCCGAGACAACUAAAAACGUUGGUUCAAGAAAUAUUUUAUUAAAAGGUCAAAUGAAAUACAUCGAAGAUAUUGAUGCUAUUGUAUUUUUAUGUAGCCCAAUAAUAAAUGAUCUGGAUGAGUUACCGGAACAAGGUUUGUACUUAAACGAUUUAAAUAAUCACGGUUUGAGUAAAGAGAUGGUUUUGGCCGGAUGGCAACACAAUUCAAAGUUAGAAAUGAUGUUUGAUGCCGCCGAAAACAAAGCGGAUGAAUUAUCUAAAAGUUAUGAACUAUUAGACGCCUGGAAACGUAAAGGAGACGAUUUAUUAUAUUCGAUGAUACCGAAAACGGUUGCGGAUCGUUUAAGAAAAGGAGAAUCACCUUUAAGUACAUGCGAAUCAUUUAAUUCGGUAACUAUUUUAUUUGGAGAACUCGUUGGGUUUAAUUAUUCAACGGUGGAGGAUGCAAUGGGAGUUGUUUCGCAUAUGAACGCGAUUUUCAGUGGUUUUGAUGAGCUUAUGGAUAAAUUUCAUGUUUAUAAAGUUGAAACUGUUGGACAGGUGUAUAUGGCCGUUUCCGGUGCACCGGAAGUUGAUAAAAAUCAUGCAAUAAACGUUGCAAACGUUUCCAUUGCGAUGUUAAAAAAAAUCAAAGAAAUUUUAGGGAAUUCUAGUAAUGUGGACGUUCGAAUUGGAAUUCAUUCAGGAUCUGCUGUAGCCGGAGUUGUUGGGUUAAAAGUUCCUAGAUAUUGCUUUUUUGGUGAUAGCGUUAACACAGCUUCAAGAAUGCAAUCUACAAGUUUGCCUGGUAAAAUAAAUAUAUCAAAAACUACAAAAGAAUUGUUAUCGAACGAGAAAUACUCAACGGAAAAACGAGGAAUGGUUAAAGUUAAAGGAAAAGGUGAAAUGGAAACCUUCUGGUUAUUAGAGAUUAUUAAAUAAAUAAAACGAGUUUCGAAUUAAUUUAAAUUAA